AUGGAUCACACUGACAAUGAGUUACAAGGCACUAAUAGUUCUGGAUCUUUGGGUAGCCUUGAUGUUCGCAGAAGAAUUCCUAUAAAACUUAUCUCGAAACAAGCAAACAAAGCUAAGCCUGUACCUCGAACUAAAAGAACUGUUACCAGGAUGCCUGCAAAGGCUCCACCUGGUGAUGAAGAGGGAUUUGAUUAUAAUGAAGAAGAACGCUAUGACUGUAAAGGGGGUGAACUGUUUGGAAAUCAGCGAAGAUUUCCUGGACACCUUUUUGGGGAUUUUAAGAUAAACAUCUUGGGUGAAAAGGAUGACACACCAGUUCAUUUCUGUGAUAAGUGUGGAUUGCCCAUUAAAAUCUAUGGGAGAAUGAUACCAUGCAAGCAUGUGUUUUGCUAUGAUUGUGCUAUUUUACAUGAAAAAAAGGGAGAUAAGAUGUGUCCAGGCUGUAGUGACCCUGUGCAGCGGAUCGAGCAGUGCACGCGGGGUUCUCUCUUCAUGUACAGCGUUGUGCAAGGGUGCAAGAGGACGUACCUGUCUCAGAGAGACUUACAGGCUCAUAUCAACCAUCGCCAUAUGAGGGCUGGGAAACCCGUCACUCGUGCUUCACUUGAAAAUGUGCAUCCUCCUAUCGCCCCACCACCCACUGAAAUCCCUGAUCGCUUUCUCAUGCCUCCAGACAAGCAUCAUAUGAGCCAUAUUCCGCCAAAGCAGCACAUCAUGAUGCCGCCACCUCCUUUGCAGCACGUGCCGCACGAGCACUAUAAUCAGCCACAUGAAGAUAUCCGUGCUCCUCUGGCAGAAAUCUCCAUGGCUCCACCUCCACCCCGCUCGGAUCAGGAAACCUUUCGUAUCUCAACAAGAAAACACAGCAAUUUAAUAACAGUUCCUAUUCAGGAUGACUCAAAUUCAGGUGCUAGAGAACCACCACCUCCUUCCCCAGCACCUGCUCACCAUCAUCCCGAAUACCAGGGUCAGCCAGUGGUGUCACACCCUCAUCUUAUUAUGCCUCCUCAGCAACAUUAUGCCCCACCACCACCUCCACCACCAAUAAGCCAUCCAAUGCCACACCCUCCCCAGGCUGCAGGUACUCCGCACUUGGUGUACAGCCAAGCUCCACCUCCACCAAUGACCUCUGCUCCACCGCCAAUCACCCCUCCCCCUGGACACAUUAUUGCCCAGAUGCCUCCCUACAUGAAUCAUCCUCCUCCAGGACCUCCCCCACCUCAGCAUGGUGGUCCACCUGUAACUGCACCCCCUCCUCACCAUUACAAUCCUAACUCUUUACCCCAGUUUACUGAAGAUCAAGGAACUCUGAGCCCUCCAUUUACACAACCAGGAGGGAUGAGUCCUGGUAUCUGGCCUGCGCCAAGAGGGCCACCACCUCCUCCUCGAAUGCAGGGCCUGCCUUCUCAAACCCCACUUCCUGGACCACAUCAUCCAGAUCAGACAAGAUACAGACUGUAUUACCAAUGA